AUGGUGUCCCAACGAGUUACCUACCGCCGCCGCAACCCCUACAACACUCGAUCCAACCGGACCCGAGUCGUCAAGACUCCCGGUGGCGAGCUCCGUCUGCUGCACAUCAAGAAGCGCGGCACUGUUCCCAAGUGCGGCGACUGCGGCUCCAAGCUCUCUGGCAUCCCCGCUCUCCGACCCCGCGAGUACUCCCAGAUCUCCAAGCCCCAGAAGACCGUCCAGCGCGCCUACGGUGGCUCGAGAUGCGGUGGCUGCGUCCGUGACCGCAUCGUCCGCGCCUUCCUUAUCGAGGAGCAGAAGAUCGUCAAGAAGGUGCUGAAGGAGCAGGAGCAGAGCCAGAAGAAGAAAUAA